GCAUAUAUUAAAGACGUAAUAACAGCAACGUGAGUUAGCGUUACCGGGAACUUUUAUCUAAGCAGAAAUUAACUUACUAUUUGUAAUAUAUCGUAUACUGCGCUGAUUGUUAAAUACAUUAAACUGACCCAAACGCUAUGGAUGACGACGAGGAAACGUAUAGGCUAUGGAAAAUACGAAAAACCAUUAUGCAGUUGUGUCAUGACCGAGGCUACCUGGUUACCCAAGAUGAGUUGGACCAAACACUGGAUGAGUUUAAAAGUCAGUUUGGGGACAAACCCAGUGAGGGUCGCCCGCGACGGACUGAUCUAACCGUGCUGGUAGCACACAACGAUGACCCCACCGACCAGAUGUUUGUUUUCUUUCCUGAGGAACCAAAAGUUGGUAUCAAGACCAUUAAGAUGUACUGCCAGCGGAUGCAGGAAGAGAACAUCACACGUGCCUGCAUUGUAGUUCAGAUGGGAAUGACACCCUCAGCUAAGCAGUCUCUAGUUGAUAUGGCCCCCAAAUACAUCCUGGAACAAUUUCUACAGCAAGAGCUUCUAAUAAACAUAACUGAGCAUGAGCUAGUUCCUGAACACAUUGUCAUGACAAAGGAGGAACUGUCUGAAUUGUUGUUACGAUAUAAACUGAAGGAGAGCCAACUGCCUAGGAUCCAACAAGGAGAUCCUGUGGCCCGGUACUUUGGGUUAAAAAGGGGCCAGGUGGUAAAAAUCAUAAGACCCAGUGAGACUGCUGGACGAUACAUCACCUACAGGCUGGUCCAGUGAAGAAUUACAUUUGGGAAUUGAGUUCAUGGUGUCUCUAUUGCAGUGUUCAAGCUGUUUCCUAACCGGCAUCUCUAUACUGUGGAUUACAAUACAAUUUCAGAUACUACUAUUUUUGUUUGCUAUGUUGCUAAACCUUCAGCAACUAUUGAGCCAGUACAAUGUUGACUUAUUAUUCCACAUUCUAGGAUUGUCUCGUUGGAAGAACCCUUUCUUCCCUUUUGUUUAGUUUUGUAAUGUAAAACAAUAAAUCUUAACAUUUGAAACUAUUCAUUUUUAUUAAAUUGUAAGAUUUCACAUCACUGUUAGAAUAAUAUAAAGGGGUUAACAAACUCAACUGGUAAAGUGGUAAGUCUUUACUUCUGGUGAGGUUAACCUUUUUUGUAUAUGUGCAUGAAAUGUACCUAAAUUAUUACAUCAUUGAAGUCCAAAUAAAAUGAAUAGGCUA